UCUCUGUGUUAAACAACCCGACUGCUCAAAAUUCGUCCGGAGUGGAAAGUUUUUUCGUGGAAUCAGGAAGUCCAGUAAAAGACUGUUGUGAGGUAAUCCGCGGCUGGUAUAUACAGCAACGCUGCAAAACCCUCUCUGCCUCUCACUGGACCUUUCAGGCAUGCGUGGUUAACCUAACUAGUAGCUCCAAGAAGAAUGUCCUACUGGUCUGUUGGUCUUCACCGGGACUCUGGAGACAUUCCCAGCAACAUGGAGCAAAAAAGCAGCCCUGGGGAGGAUAUGGGAGCAAAGGUGUCAUUGGUGGAGGAUACUGGGCCCUGUUCUACACUGCUAACUCACCCCACUUUUAAAAACAUCCAGGCAGCAUAUGAAGAUGGAGAGGAGGACGUUGCCAGGGAGCUGAUUCAACAAGCAUGCUGUGUGGUGUGUAGUGCUGGGACACCGCGCAUUGAUGGGGUACGUCUCCUGUGUGUGGCCACUCAGUAUGGUGAUCGACAGAGUGUGUGUUACCUCCUCAAAGAGGCUUGCAUCCCAGUGCCUCUGGAGCCAUCUAACAGCAACCCUGCUGUUUUGGCAGCGCACUAUGGCCACACCGACUUGGUCAAGGAGCUACUGGACCAUGUUCCCGGUCCAUGCCUGAGGAAAGAUUUGCUCAACUCGAUGCUGGCCACAUCUUGCAAGGAGGGUCACCUCGAUGUGGUUCGUCUGCUGGUCCAGAGCUAUGAUGCUGACGCCAAGGACUGUGCAAUCCAUAGCGAUGAAUUUGCUGUCAUCACUGGCCUGCCACUGUAUGCUGCUUCACAAGCAAAUAAUGAGGAGAUCGCUCUCUUCCUGCUGCAAAACGGAGCAGAGUUCUCUUCAUACACCCUUAUGGACCAUCCAGCCUUCAGCAAACGUAUUCUCAGACUGAAACUGCAGGAAACAUACGAGGCAGAAGGAGACAAGGUUGUCAGUGUGUGUUGGCGUGGUCUUCAGCUGCCUUGGUUGGAGCUGGAUUGGUUCAUGGAUGUCUCUGCGCAUAUCACCCAGCUGGACCUGUCAUCUAACUGCCUGUCUUCUCUGCCCUCCGUGGUGCCCUGGGGUCUCAUCAGUCUGAGGACUUUGGAUCUUUCUAACAAUGAACUUCAGGAGCUUCCUUUAGCAAACAACUCCCAGGAAGUCAUCUGCUCCAGUUUACAACAGGUGAAUCUCUCUGAGAACCAGCUGAGCAGUUUGCCACCUGGACUUCUCCAUCUCACUCGCAUCCAGAAACUCUCUGCUGCCAAGAACCAGCUCACAGUUCUGUUUGACCUCCCUAAAACCACUAACUGGAUCGGUCUUCGUAAGCUAGAGGAGCUGGAUGUGUCUGAAAACUGCCUGACCAGUCUGUCCACAGCUGUCAUGCACUGUUUGAAAUCCCUGAGGCUCCUCAAUGUGAGCAGGAACAAGCUGAGCACCUUCCCUGACCCCUGGGCCUGUCCACUGAAGCAAUGCAAAGCUUCUUCCAAUUUGAUUGAGAAUCUUCCAAACACCAUCUCCAUCUUUUGGAGGAAUCAUCUGGAAGAAGUAGACUUCUCUGACAACAGUCUGAAGGAACUUCCUUCAUAUAUCUUUGAACUGGAGGCUGUGGUCUCUUUGAGAUUGUGUGAGAAUUACAUUACAACACUCCCAGCCCCCAAUAAGUGGAAGUGCUCUAAGCUCAAGACACUUGAUCUUUCUCAAAACCAUCUGGGCAAAACAGAGGAUAGUCCCAAAUCCAGGAGACUGGCCUUCCUGACGACGUGGAACAGGAGGGACCCAGACCCAGUGUGUGCAAUAGAGUUCCCUGAUGUUCUGCGUGAUUCACUGGAAUUGCUCUACUUGAAUGACAACCAGCUGGAAUGUGUUCCCCAAUCAGUCUGUGGUCUGCACAAUCUCAAUGAACUCUACCUCUCAAAGUAA